AUGGCCACUUUCUCCUUAUCUACACCAGACCCGCCAAAGGAACUCCUUAUCCCACUUCAUAUCGCAUUCAUCGAAGCCCUGGACAAGAAACGUGACUCACUCGCCUAUCACUUCACCACCCACCUUCGCAUGAAUGGCGUCUACUGGGGUCUAACCGCUCUCGAGAUCCUAGGCAAACCCGAAGUGCUAGAUCGACAAGCACUCAUAGACUUUGUCUUUAGCUGCUGGAACGAGCAAACGGGUGGAUUUGGAUCGUUUCCGGGACACGAUGCGCACGUACACAGCAGCCUCUCGGCAAUACAAAUUUUAGCGAUGAAGGAUGCUCUUACCGAGCUCGAGGAGAGGCGUCUACGGGACAGAUUGAUUGACUUUAUUGUUGGACUCCAACUCCCAAAUGGAGCAAUCCAAGGCGAUCAAUGGGGCGAAACAGACACUCGCUUCCUAUACUGUGCCAUCUCCGCACUAACCCACCUCGGUGCUCUUGAUCGCCUCCCCCGCGACCUUACCAUCUCUUACAUCCUCUCAUGCCACAACCACGAUGGUGGAUUCGGUACGGGACCAGGGGCGGAAAGUCAUGCAGCUCAAGCUUGGGUCUGUAUCGGCUCUCUUUCCAUCCUUCAGGCGCUAGAUAGGAUUGAUGCGGAAAGGGUGGGCGGUUGGUUGAGUGAGAGACAGUUGCCAAAUGGAGGUUUGAAUGGUAGACCGCAGAAGUUGGAAGACGUAUGUUAUAGUUGGUGGGUUCUUUCGUCACUCAGUAUUAUACGGAGGUUGCAUUGGAUCAAUGCGAAGAAGCUUGCGAGAUUCAUUUUGGCUGCUCAGGAUCCUGAUGAGGGCGGAAUUGCAGAUCGUCCAGAUAAUGUGACGGAUGUCUUUCAUACUGUGUUCGGCUGUGCUGGAUUGUCGCUAUUGGGUUGGGAGGGGUUGAAAGAAGUCGAUCCGACCUAUUGCAUGCCUUUGAGAGUGACCAAGCAGUUGGGGAUUGAUAGACCAUUUCAGCGGCCACCUGCUAUCGACUGGAAUGAAAGCUGA